UGGAAAGAUUAACAGGAACAUUAUCUUUUCAUCACUCUGUUACUCAUACCACAAGAAGAAAAAAGACUCUUGUGACUCCACCCCCAUUUACAGUAUAUUUAUACAGUGUUUUGCCACGAGAAAUCAGUGUCAUCUUCAUCAUGACCAUCAUCAUCUCUCUGCUCCUGCUGGCCUCUCUGCUGACACACCUGACCUUCACUGUGAACGGCACAGAAGCCAUACCCCACUCCAGACCUUACAUGGUUUCUAUUCAGAAGAACAGGAAUCAUAUCUGUGGUGGAUUCCUCAUUUCUGAUCAGUUUGUCUUGACUGCCGCACAUUGCUGGAACGGAAAAGAGGUUCUGACGGUUGUGGUUGGUGCUCAUGACUUAAGCAAGAGUUCAGAUCAUAUCGAUGUGCUGUCCUACAAACCGCAUCCAGACUAUAUAUUCCGUCCUCAUCGGAAUGACAUCAUGCUUUUGAAGCUACAGGAAAAAGUCAAACUAAACAACAAUGUUAAAUGGAUAUCAUUACCAAAGAAAGGAGAAGACGUGGGAACAGAUACUGUCUGUAGUGUUGCCGGCUGGGGAGGACAGACGAUUAAUAGCCUACCGACUAAUCGUCUAAGGGAUGCAAAUGUGUGUAUAAUGAACAACAGAGAAUGUAGCAAUAAAUGGGGAAGGUACUACUACAAAGAAUCACAGAUGAUGUGCACAUAUGGCCAUGGUAGAUCCUGCCAUUAUGAUGGAGGAGGUCCUUUGGUUUGUGGAAACACUGCAGUUGGUGUCACAUCAUUUGCAUAUGAAAGGCUCUGCAAUUCACCUGACUAUCCUAAUGUGUAUACUAAGAUUUCACCAUAUCUUGAAUGGAUCGAAAACAAAAUUAGAAAUGUGAAUUGAGUUAAGUUCUUAAAUUCUUGUAACUUCCAAUAAAGUAUCACAUGGCAAGCAUCAUUUAUUCAAAAAGUCCUCAUUGUCAACCAUAUAUAAUUACAAUAUUACAUGGGAGGCACAAAAGUCAUUUUACAUUAGUUCACUUGGUGGCCAUCUUGGUUACGCCUUCAAUUUUUAUUCAUUCAAGUAUGGCUCAUUUCAAUUUAAAUGAGGAAAGACUAAACACUGCAAAACCAUUGGUCAAUAUUAGGAAUAAAAUCAGACAAAUAUGGUAUAAUAAAUUCAGUUUCUUCAGCUCAAAGUAUUACAGUUAUGGUUGUAUACAAACGCAUGACAAGGAAGAUUCAAGAAUAACAGUCUUUUAAUAAAUCCACAGGCAAAGAAAUCCACAAACUGGUAAACAGGAAACACAACCACACAUAGCACAAAUGAUACCAGACAAUACUGAACUGAAAACACAGGGCUUAAAUACACAGACAAACAAGGUGGGUGAUUGAACAGUUGGUGGUGAUAAUGAAGGUGAUCAGUAACUAAGGUAACAAACUAGUGGCGGGAAAUGGUCCAAACAGGGUGUACAUGUAACACAAAGCCUACAAAAGAAUAAUAAUAAGACAAAGUAGUCAAAAUAAAAUAAAGGAGUGGCCAAUUUUAUGCACCCUUAGAAUGUCUUUUUGAGAGCUGCAAAUCCUUUGACAUCUUUUAGAGUCAAACUCUUCUGAGAAUAUGG